UUGGUCAGUGGUUGUUGAGCAAUGGUCCAUUGAUGGCAUGGCAUCCAUUGUCUUUUCCCUUCUAUCUAUCUUUCUUUCUCUUUACAUCACAGAGCAUCAGCCUCCCCAAACAGGAAGCAGCCUUGAAGUACUGCCAAAAAACAUGUCUGAGCUGAGGGUUGUUCUGCUGGGGAGCAGCUGGACUGAGAAAAAUGAAGUGGGAAAUCUGUUACUGGGAGAUACUGUGUUCACCAGUAAAACUAAAGCGUGUGUGAGAAUUAGUGCUACACUGGAGGGCAAAAAAAUUGCUGUCAUCAACACCCGCUACCUGCCUCCUCUCGACACCUCCCAACAAGAUCUGACAGAGUUUAUAAAAGACUGUGCAAAACACUCUGAUCCUGGACCUCAUGUGUUCCUGCUGCUUGUACAGCCUGAAACCUUUACAGAAAAGCACAAACAGAGACUCUGCAGAGUCCUUCAAGGUUACAGUGAUCAAUCAUUUGAUCAUUCACUGAUACUGAUCUCAGCACCCAGAAAGGAGAGCUCUGGUUCUUCGGAAGAUUUCAUGAAAAGUCCAGCAUUAAAUGAAAUGAUCAAAAAAUGUAAAUGCAGAUACUUGAAGAGGAGCAACGUUGAACUUCCAGAGCUGUUAACACAUUUGGGGGAAAUUACAAAGUACAACAAUGGAGAGCAUGUCAGCUAUGAAGCUUUUGAGGACACAGAACAGGAUUUAUCAAAAGAUCAAAAAACCCCGCCAAAAAAGGACUCAAAGACUCCAAUCACUGAUGCUGUUAAAGCUGCAGGAUUGCCCAAUAAAUUAAAACAAAUCAAUCCUCAAGUUUCUGGAAAAACACCUUUGUCCAACAUGUCUGCAUUCAGGAUUGUGCUGCUGGGCAAAAGUGAAGAUAAGAAGACAAAACUUGGUAACUUGAUCAUUGGGUACCAAGCAUUUCACUGCCAAAAACUCAUUCACUGUGUGGCCUCCUGUGGAGAGUGGAGAGGUAAACUAGUAACAGUAGUCAAAACUCCAGACUUGUUCAGUCUGUCUGAGGAGGACAUGAGAAGAAAAGUGGAGAGCUGUGUGAGUCUCUGUCAUCCUGGACCUAAUGUUCUGCUGCUGUUGGUGAAACCUUCUGAAUUCAGUGAAGAGAACAGAACAACUCUGAAGUUCAUCCUGAGUCUGUUUGGUCACAAUGCCUUUAAACACUCGAUGGUCGUCAUCACACAUGAGAAUGAAAUGAGUUUCUCUGUGAAUGAAGUCCUCAGAGAAUGUGGAGGAAGGCACUACAACAUGUCUGAAGAUAACUAUGGAUCAUUAAUGCAGAAGAUUCAGGAAAUGACAAAUCAAUACAAUCACAGCAUCAAACCAUCUUUAAACCUGGUUCUGUGUGGGAGGAGAGGAGCAGAGAAGACUUUAACAGCCAAGGCCAUUUUAGGUCAGACUGAGCUUCAUUCAGUCUCCAACUCAUCAGAGUGUGUUAAACAUCAGGGAGAGGUGUGUGGACGUUGGGUUUCCCUGGUGGAGCUGCCUGCCUUGUAUGGAAAACCUCAGGAGGCAGUGAUGGAGGAAUCACUCAGGUGUAUCUCCCUCUGUGAUCCUGAGGGUGUCCAUGCCUUCAUCCUGGUCCUACCUGUGGCUCCCCUCACUGAUGAAGACAAGGGAGAGUUAGAGACCAUCCAGAACACAUUCAGCUCUCGAGUCAAUGACUUCACCACGAUUCUGUUCACUGUGGACUCAGAUCCUACAGAUACAGCUGUUGGUAACUUUGUAAAGAAAAACCAGGACAUCCAGGAGCUCUGUGAGAGCUGUGGAGGAAGCUCUUUUGUUCUUAACAUUAAAGACAAACAGCAGAUCCCACAGCUGUUGGAAACUGUGGAAAAAAUCAGUGUCCACAAAGACAAAUCAUACUGCUACACAAUGUAUACAUUUGGACAAGCCCAACUAGAGAAGAUGUUACAACAAGAGAAAUUCAUCACCCAACUUGCACAGAACAGAAGCACUGCUGCUUGUAAUGAAGAGAUGCAGAGCACGGGGUGUCUCAGGAUUGUGCUGAUAGGUAAGACUGGCUGUGGAAAGAGCUCUUCAGGAAACACCAUUCUAGGAAGAGCAGAUACAUUUUUAUCUAAACCUUUCCAAAAGUCGGUCACCAAGCGCUGUCAAAAAGAACAGGGUGAUGUCACCGGCCGUCCUGUUGUUGUGGUCGACACUCCUGGACUGUUUGACAACAGUUUAUCACAUGAAGAGAUCAAUGAGGAGAUGGUGAAAUGCAUCAGCCUCCUGGCUCCAGGACCACACGUCUUCCUGUUGGUGUUACAGAUCGGCAGAUUCACCCCAGAGGAGAAGGAGACACUGGAACUGAUCAGGAAAGGUUUUGGGAAGAAUUCAGAAAAGUUCACCAUCAUUCUUUUAACAAAAGGAGAUACACUGAAACAUGAAAAUGUAUCUGUUGAAGAAUACAUUGAAAACUCAGAAGAUUCCUUUAAGAAGCUGAUCUCUGACUGUGGAAGAAGGGUGCAUGUGUUUAACAACUAUGAUAAGCAAAACCGCUCACAGGUCAGUGAGUUGAUAACAAAGAUUGACACCAUGGUGAAGAACAAUGGAGGAUGCUGCUACACCAAUGAGAUGCUGGAAGAGGCUGAAGCAGCGAUACAGAAAGAAGUAGAGAGAAUCCUAAAGGAGAAGGAAGAAGAGAUGAAGAGACUGAGAGAGGAGCUUGAAAGAAAACAUGAGGAAGAAAUUAAAGCAAUGACAAAAAGAAUGGAAGAAGAGAAGAAAAAACUUCAGCAGGAAAGAGACCAGAAACUCAAGGAUAUGGAGGAAAAUAUAAAGAAGGAGCGUGAAGAGAGAAAGAAAGAACAGGAAAUGAGAGAAGAAGAGAACAGGAAAUGGAAAAAUGAGGAAGAAUUAUACAGACAGAAUUUGAAAACACAACUUGAAAUGUUGGACAAACAAAUUCAUUCAGAAAAAGAGGAAAAGAAAAGUGUGGAUCAAAAGCUGGAAGAGAACAGAGAAGAGAUGAAGAGAAAACAAGAAGCCUGGGAGGAAGAACGAAGUGAAUGGUGGGAGAAACAAAGACAAGAAGAUGAACAGAGACAAGAAAAACAGCAAAUAAAACUUGAAAACCUUGAAGAAAUGUACAAGCAGGAAAUAGAAAAAAAUGAAAAGAAAAGAAAAGAAGAAGACAAAAAGAGGAGAGAAGAGGAGAAGAAAGAACGAAAUCAGCUGGAGGAAAACUAUAAAAUACGUGUGGAAAAUCUGAAGAAGAUGCAUGAAGAUGAGGCCAGAAAGAAAGCUGAAGAGUUCAAUGAUUUCAAAGUGAACAAAAACAAAGAGUUCGCAGCUCAGAAGGAGGAGCACGAGAAGAAGAUUAAAGACAAAGAUGAGAAGUAUGACCUGUUAAAGGCUCUGGCUGACCACACUGAAAAACAAAAGAGAGAAAAGCAUCAAGCAGAAAUCAAAGAUGUGAUAAAAUGUCUUUCCAAGAAGAGAGGGAACGUGAAAAAACUCAAAGACUUGCUGAUAAAACACGAGGAUCAAAUGAAGAUUGCAAAAAAUGAGGAAGAAAAAGAAAACCUGCAGAAAAUCCAUGAAACAGAAUUAAGUGAACAAAUACAAAAACUUCUGGAUGAAGUUGAAACAACAUCUCGUUGCAGCAUUUCAUGAGGGGAUUUUUUUGUGUUUUUGUGACAGAGCUCCAUGAAUAAAAGAUUUUCUGUACAUUUAGUUAAAUGUUGAGAUGAGAAUACCAGUGUGUGUGCUGAUGCUUAUAGAUCUGAAUGUACUUAAUCGAGCGCAACAGAAUCCAGAUUAAACUGCUUAUGAUUUUCUAACUGAUCAGAUACAAAUUCAUAAAUUUUAUGGUCAAUUUGUGAACAUUUUACAGUUACAGACAGAAUUCUUUAUUUAUCUUAUAAAUUCUUAUUUUCAGGAUUGCGUUCCAUUUUUUUUCUUUUGUGAGUCAUUGACAUGUGUAGUAUGAAUUACUGCCAUGUAACUCUUCAGGUUAUGGAACAUUUUGAAGCAGUUUAAUUUUUUGGUUGAUUAUUUUCAUGUAGUACCAUAUUAAACAAUAGAAGAAGCUUCAGCUGGUUAUUAGAUAUUUGGAUGUUUGUUGUAAUUUUAUAAAUAUUCAGUAUUAAAUAUAUAUGACUAUCCUUUAUGCUGUUCUUCUUGAUGAUUAAAAAAACUGGAAAUUUA